AUGACGCAGCUCGAGAUCAAUGUUACAGGCACUGGCACAGCCAUUCGUCGUGCCGAACGCGGCAUUCUCGUCCUCCAAGCCCAGUCGCAGCAACUCCCUUCUCCCGAAGAAGCAUCUGCAGUUGUCACAGUGACAGCAAACAUCCUGCGCGAUGCUAUCGCCCCAUUCUGUCCACAAGAUGAGGAGACCGGGCGCACCAAAGAAGAUGCCGCAAUCUCGCAUUACUCCAUGAGCACCCUCGACACUAGCAGUCAGCGCGAGCGUCGCCCAGCUUCUGAGAUCAGAACAGACGAAGCGCCUAAAUACGAUACUACAUACUAUGCACGCGCAGAGUUCAACAUCAAGUUCAGCGACUUCAAUGCGCUCGACAAACUCGCAACCCAGUUCUCGGCCAUGGAGAACGUUAGCAUCAAGAGCAUUGGUUGGAAACUCACCGACGCAACUCUUGCUUCAAUUGAAGGAGGCGCCCGAAAGCGCGCUGCGCAAAAUGCGUUGCAGCGUGCGCGCGACUACGCCGAAGUGUUCGCUGAUCUCUCCGCUGAGGAGGCUGUGACCAUGGUCAAAGCAAUUCACAUCAAUGAGGACUCGUACUACCAGCAGAGUACGAAACCGCAACUACAUUAUGGCAAGAGACAGAGGAUCCACGGCAGAGUUGUCGACAGGGGCGAGUUGCAGUUCGAGCCGGAGGAUGUGAGGCUGGAUAUCAAAGUCAAUGGAAAGUUCAUGGUGGAGAGUUGA